UCACGUGGCGGAACGGGCGGGACGCGGUGCUGUGGCAACGGCGCGGCCGCCAUGGCCAAGCAGUACGACAUGGUCGAGUGCCCCUUCUGCGACGAGGUCUCCAAGUACGAGAAGCUCGCCAAGAUCGGGCAGGGCACCUUCGGGGAAGUUUUCAAAGCCAAACAUCGCCAGACGGGCAAGAAAGUAGCACUGAAAAAGGUGUUGAUGGAAAAUGAGAAGGAAGGGUUUCCCAUCACGGCCUUGCGAGAGAUUAAAAUCCUCCAGCUGCUCAAACAUGAGAAUGUGGUGAACCUCAUAGAAAUCUGCAGGACCAAAGCCUCCCCAUACAACCGGUGCAAGGGGAGCAUCUACCUUGUGUUUGACUUCUGUGAGCAUGACCUGGCUGGCCUUCUCAGCAACGCCCAUGUCAAGUUCACACUGUCAGAGAUCAAGAAAGUUAUGCAGAUGCUCCUGAAUGGACUUUACUACAUCCACAGGAACAAGAUCUUGCACCGAGACAUGAAAGCGGCGAACGUCCUGAUCACGCGGGAUGGAGUCCUGAAGCUGGCGGACUUUGGGCUGGCUCGAGCUUUCAGCCUGGCUAAGAACAGCCAGCCAAACCGCUACACCAACCGCGUGGUGACCCUGUGGUAUCGGCCCCCGGAGCUGCUCCUAGGGGAGCGCGACUACGGCCCCCCCAUUGAUCUGUGGGGCGCAGGCUGCAUCAUGGCAGAGAUGUGGACACGCAGCCCCAUCAUGCAGGGGAACACGGAGCAGCACCAGCUCACCCUCAUCAGCCAGCUCUGCGGAUCCAUCACGCCGGAGGUUUGGCCAAACGUGGAUAAAUACGAGCUGUACGAGAAGCUGGAUCUCCCCAGGGGGCAGAAGAGGAAGGUGAAGGAUCGCCUCAAGGCCUACGUCAAAGACCCCUAUGCACUUGACCUCAUCGACAAGCUGCUGGUGCUGGAUCCCGCCCAGCGCAUCGACAGCGAUGAUGCCCUGAACCACGACUUCUUCUGGUCGGACCCCAUGCCCUCAGACCUCAAGAACAUGCUGUCCACCCACAACCAGUCCAUGUUUGAGUACCUGGCCCCACCACGCAGGAGGGGUGGGCACAUGCCCCAGCAGCCGGCGAACCAAGGCAGGAACCCAGCUGCCACCAACCAGACUGAAUUUGACAGAGUGUUUUGACGUCCGGCGGGGUCCUGGCUGGGCUUCCCCACAUUAAAUGGAGAUGUCCUGGCGAGGUUAUUUGUCUAGGAAAGGACUUUUUUCAAGAUGAAUUGACUGAUGGUGUUAACAGAGCUUGGCUAUCUCCUCGGCCACUGCAGAGCCGCAUGACUUGGGGAGGUGAUACCUGUGAACUCGACGUUGUUUCCCUGCAGUUUCCUGUCUCAGAACCUGGCUUUGCCCCCCAAAAAUCUGUCUUGGUUACAUUAAACUUGCAGAUCAGUUGUUAUGGAUCUGGUGAUGGAAAAA